AUGGAUGCUCUGCCCAUGUACCAUGGGGGCAUCGGGCGUGAGGCUGGGGAGAAGCUGCUGCUGGCGGCGGGCAGGGAUGGCAGCUACCUGCUGAGGGACAGCGAGAGCAUCCCAGGAGUCUACUGCCUCUGUGUCCUGCACCAAGGCUAUGUUUAUACCUACAGAGUGUCCAAGACAGAAGCUGGGUCCUGGGGUGCUGCGACAGCACCUGGGGUCCACCAGAGGCUCUUUCGGAAAAUGCACAACCUCAUUUCAACCUUCCAGAAACCUGACCAAGGCAUCAUAACACCCCUGAGGCACCCAAUCAUCAACCAGGAGAAGGCCAAAUGCCUCCCAGGGAGAAAUGAAGGUCAUGACAUCCACCUGCAGCCAUCAUGAAGACAUUUCUCCAAGCAUG